AGUAAAGCCAGAAGAAGAGCUCUUCCCCUCCUCCCCGUUCAUCACCACAGGCUGGUAUCUGGUAACAUUGGCGGAAUAACACCAGGAGAGCGUCUUUUUCUGCGUGUGCUUUAAAGCUGCCUUUUACUGAGGUGAAGUUUAAAGGCAGGCAAAAUGUCGUCUUGGGUGAAAUCACCUGCGGGUGGUCGGCGGCCAUCCGGUAACCCGAACGGAAGUGCUCCACAGCCGCGUGUGUUUCGGAGGGCAGCUCCAUACCCAACCAGAGAGGAGAGGACCGAAGAGCUCAAGGAUGCCCUGGACAGUUAUGAGGAACUAGAGCAAAUCCAAAACUACAGUGGAAGUGUGAAGUAUGAGGGCUACAAGCAUCAGCCAAAUGCCAAACCAGAGGGUGGCACUCCAGCAGACAGACGUAAAACGCUGUAUCAGAAGUUCUACAGACAGGUGCAGGAGGAGAGGAAGCCAGCCGACUGCGUGGUUCUCUCUGUUACCAAACAGUGCCUGGAUUACCCCAAAUCGCUAAGCCAGUGCUUGCAGGAGCGUGGCCUGUCAGUGGAAAUGCUCUACCUUCAAGCGGAAUCGGGCCUGACCCGGGCCCUGCAGGAUGUCCGAGCAGAAGGCUCCCCCUUAUGUAUUCUGGUGGAGCAGACAAACGUAGCUCUGUCCUCCUGCACUGUUAUCAUAUUCUCAGAAUCCCUCAAAAUCCAUCGAAACAUGCCCAAAGACCAGGCCAUGGACUUUGUUCAAGCAGAGUACAACCGCGGACUGGCUAAAGAGCGACCCCCGAGGGACCCUGCAGACAUUGCAGCCGAGGCGUCGCAGCUGCUCGAUGACUUUCUGGAUCGAGAAAAGAUCGCGCGCCACACCGUUCCCUCUGAAACACGCCAGCUCCUCGUGCUGUUAGCUGAGGGUGUGCAUCUGUACCCCGAGGAGUUGGAAACCAUCUCGGAGUACGUGCGCUCUCGGCAGGACCACAUACAAGCUUCCAACAGCGAGGGUGAGAAAGGGAUCAUGUUACCUCCAGGGUUAGGAAAACCACCUCCUCUGCUUCCGACUCCAUCUGGGCCACCGCAGCCUCAGCCUGCAUCUUUAACAGGGGGGCCCAUGGGAGACCACGCCUCACCUUCACCUGUACCCCUCUUGCCUUCACCAGUUGCUCAUCCCAAAACCAAACCUCCUCCGCUGCUCUCCUUGCAUCGUCUUCCUGGUCCGUCGUUAGGGGGCCCAAUAGUCCGAGGUCCCCUGUCAUCACACAUCCCUUACGGCGGUCCUGGUGUGCCUCGUGGGCCCCUGCUCCACCCUCCUCCUGUGUUCCACCCAGGCCCCAGAGGUCCCACUAGAGGAGCUCCUCCCACUCUAAAGAGCGCUCGCCCUCCACUUCUGUCGUCUCCAGGUGCUCCUCUUCUUCGUCAGAGUGUCCCCCGGCAUUAGGAAAUGACACACACACACACACACACACACACACACACACACACACACACACACACACAAAGUUGCAGGUUAUGAACAGUGCUCAGUUCAUGUUAGAGCAGAAGCAUCCUUUUUUAUGUGUUAAUCUAAAUUUAGCUGGAAGAUAAGAAUGAAAGUUGAUGUUAUGUCUUCAUCUCACUGUGGGUGGUUUGAGUCAUAAUGUUAAGCCCCCCCCCCGGCAUCGGUGCCUUUUUUAUGUUUUGUCUGUCGGUUUGGAUGUUAGGGUCUGUGACUGUUGGUGACUGUUGCACAGGUCCUUCAGUUAGUUCGGUUGGCAGAUUGCACAGAAGUACAGCCACGCAGUAAUCAAUACCCAAUCACACGGCUGCAAUAGGAUGUCUUCUGUAUAUAAACGCCAGGAGCCUGCCUGCUUUGUACAGUUUUUCAACAUGGUGCGUUAAAUUUCUCAAAGUUUCUCUGGACGACAAAUAUUUCACUUUAUAAUGGUUUGUUCUUCGGAGCAGCAUUUCUGGUUCCAAUAUAACUUUAUUCAUGUGUAAUUUUAUUUGUGCCACAGAUAAAAGUGGCACAAAUAAAGAGUCCUCUGAAGGACUCUGUAUGAUGCAUGCAGUGUCUUCAUGGCAGAACACAAACACGUGUAUUUGUUUAAUUGCAUUUCCUGCACUGUGCACAGUGAAAUUGCUGCCAUGUACAGUACACUUCAGUAAAAUAAUCGUCCUUCUGACGUUGGAAAACUGUCAGCUUUGUUUUGUUACCCAGGCUUCUGACAGAGUCCUUAUAUCAAAGCACAAGACUAAGCUCCAACUAUUUCCCAGCAUAAAUGGAAGAAAUGUGACUCUCUUCAUUGUAAAUCCAGUGACCACAUAUUUUCUAAACGGCAGGUCUGAUGUGAAUAAGAAAGCUCCACAGGUUUGGUUACACACUGUAGGUUUCAGCCUUUAAGCUUAAUAUCUGUUAAAUAUGUGAUGCAGGCAGAGCACACGAGUCUAGAACAAACAACUACGUAUCAUAUGUGGCUUUUUUUUUUUUUUUGUCAUUGUCAGUUUCUAGCACACUGUUGUUUUGUUGCUAAUAUUUAUUAGCAUUAUUGAAAAGCAUUCAUCUGGUUAAGAAGCCUUUUUCUGUUGGAGCCACGGGAGGCUGAGGCCUCAUAAAGACAAACACUUUGGUUCACUUUUGUAGAUACUGUAAAAAUGUUUCUUUUUCUUCACGUUUUUGAAUCACUGUAUGCUUUUUCCUUUGCUGUGUAGCGUGCUGAUGUUGAACAGGUUUGGAGUCCUGAUUAUAUUUUCAAAGAAAACAUUUAUAAAUGUUUUGAGACGUUUUUCUUUUAUUAUGAAUUUAAAUGAACAUCUUGAUACAAGUUCACCAAACAUCUUUCUGUAAAUCUGAGUCUGAAUAGAUGGUAGUGCUAAAAUUUCUAACAUGUACGUAUUGAUCAAAGUGCAAAUCUGUACAGUUUGAUCUAUUUAAGUGAAUAAAACAUAAAAGUGAACCCUUCGUGUAUUUUGCUGUACAACGAGCAGCUGCAGCAGCAGUUGAGGCCUGAACAGGCUUUGGUUUCUUUGCAUCAUGGAGCAGUUUUUAGGCUGUAUGACGAGCAAGCAAGCUAAGAUUUUUCAAGCUCCAGUGGAGGCUCUUGCCUGGAUGGAGAUUUCUGGACUCAUUUUUAUUUCCAUACUGGAAGCUUGCCUGGGCUGCUGUACAGUAACACACAGUAAACAGCUUCCAGGCUUCAUGGUAGCAAACUGCAUAUUAAGUGGCACAGAAGUAGUUGUGUAUAUUUGUAUUGCUGAUUUUCUGUUGCGUGUUUGCUAUAAUGUUUUUUUGACAUCUUUUAAUGUAGUUUUAAAGAGCAGAGUCUCUACUUUGCUCUUUUUAUACACAGUCAUGUUGCUGACCUGUUGCCAGCUGUUUCCUUUUACUGCCACCUGCUCUUCUAGCCUUUUUGUCUAUCAGUUUAUAUAUGUUCCAUAUAUUCUACUGUGAAUAAUCAAGAUUUUUAUGUGUUUUUUUUUAUUUACAGUCCUGUGCAAAAGGUGUUAGGCAGGUGAAAGGUGCUUUCAGAAAUAUAAACAAUUGGCUAUUGGCCCCAAAUGUAUUCUGCAGCAGGACAAUGACCCAAACACACAGCCAAAGUCAUGAAGAGCUAGCUUCAGCGUAAAGAAGAACAAGAGGUACUGGAAGUGACGGUACGGCCCCCCACAGAGCCCUGAGCUCAACA